GUAUUCAACAAUACCCGAACAUUUUAAGGUUUUACUGUUUCUUUUACUUUUGAGCAAAACACCAAAAUCAGAUCGACUGGCGGGCCGCUGAGAGAGACGCCAUUCUCCGCCGUCUGGAAACCACCCUCCGCCGUCUGGACGUCACCGGAUGUGUAGGUCUAAGUUAUUAUUAGAAAAGCGAAAGGAAAACAAGUAUCAUGGAACAUAAGAGUAAGUUAUUGGCAACUACAAGUUCAGAGGCUCAAGGAGCUUGUCCUGAGCGCACGAACGAUAGAUUUAGUAGUAUGCCAGAUGAAGUUGCACAUCGAAUUCUUUCAUUACUCUCUAUAUUGGAUCUCAUUCGGUUUGGCACUGUAUCCAAAAGAUGUAGGGAACUUCAUUUGUCAACACCCUCUUUGAACUUUGAUGAAUUUAACAACUGGAAUAAAUCAUCUUACAGUAAGCAAUUUAAGCUGUUGAAUUCUUUGGAUAGGUUCUUGGUUCUUCGUAGGGACAGUAAAUUACAACAGUUUCGUAUUCGUUGGAGUCUUGCUUAUGGAAAAGGUGCAAGUCUAUAUAACGAGCUUUACCGAGUGGUCACAUGGAUUCAUAUGGCAGUAAGGUGCAAUGUUGAAGUACUUGAUCUUGAGUUGGGGAUACCUGAGACGACUGAACUAGAGUUACCAUCUUGCAUCUUUCUUUGUGGAUCUUUGAGGUCUUUAUCGGUGCACUGCAAUAAAAUUCUUACAGUGCCCUCCUCGGUUCACUCCACCAAUCUCCAAUACUUAAGGUUGACAAAUGUUACAAUAGAUGAGGGGUUUUGCAAAUGGAUCUCGUGUUCUUGCAAAUCGAUUAAGGAAUUACACCUUGAACAUGUCCGAGUAGAAAAUAUCACCAUUGAAAGCUCGUCCUUGGAAUCAUUUAGUUUUGUGUUUUCCUCUCACAGUGACCUCUGUCAUCUUAGUAUCUCAUGUGAGAAACUCGAAGCUAUGCGUAUAAACUGGAGAUUUGAUUCGCCUAGCAGCAGAUCCUUCAAAGUUUUUGCUCCAAAUCUUAAGUAUUUGAAAUGGACUGGGAGUUUGUUGAAUAACCAAAAUAUUGGGAAUUUUAUGUGCUUAGAAACGGCUGAAAUUUUUCUGAACCAUGAGGCAGAUAACAAUGACUUUGGCAAUGUACUUGAGCUUCUUUGCAGUAUCCGCAGGGUUAAAGUCCUUCUUCUAAGCGGAGAGACAGCCAAGGUUCUGUUGAGGGAAGGUUCUAUGCCUGCACUGUUUGAUGAUAUAUCUUACCUGGGUGUGCAUAUUGAGAGCUUGGUUGAUGACAUGGUCCCAACAAUGGUCUCUCUUCUGAGAGGAAUGCCCAAUUUGAAAACUUUGUAUGUAAAGUGUGACCCAUCCUUUCUCAUCCAGAAACCUAAAGCAUGUGGAUUUAAUAGGGAAUUCUGGAAAUCUCAAAACUUGGCUUUUAUUGAUCAUCUUAAGGAGGCAACAAUAGAGCUUUCUAGCGGGAACAAUGGAAUGGAGUUAGCGAGGUAUAUGCUCGAGGAUGCUAAGAAUUUGAAGGAAAUGGUCAUACUUCAUUCGCCCGAGCAUUCGACUCUUUUUCAGGUGGUAAAUGAAAGUAAGCGGAAAUCUGCUGCCAGAGUUGUCUUUCAGGAAUUCAAAGCAAAUGAAAAGAGGGAAUUAGGCAGGUUUAAUAUUUAUGUAAAGAAAUAAUGUGUUGUGACUUCAAAACCAUGGUCCGGAUGUUGAUGGAUGCAGUUUGGUUGUAGUCUUACUGUGUUGUGCUUGUUAAGCUUAAUAAGUACCAAGGUUUUUCGUUACUAGU